UGUCAACAGACGGUGCGGCACCGUCAGUUUCUUCCACCGCUCCUGGAAGGCGUCCGGCACCGGAGCGCGAGACCGCACGCGUAGACCUCCGUAUCCGGUGUUGCUCUUCCCGUUUCCUUCCCGGAGUGGAGAGUUCGGCGCGUGUGCUCGUCUGAUGUGUGGGCGAAGCCUCGUCGGCGGAGGAUGAGAUCACUGGCCGACGCUCCGCCGUCCGACGGAUAAUUCUCCACGCAGGCAGGCAGGGGACCGAUCGAGCCGUAAGACCGAUUUCGCAUCAGCGCGAGUUCGGGCGGACAUACGAGGGACGGUGCGAGCGCGCUCGCACGCGCUCGUACAGUCGACGUCAUAGACGCUCGCUUCGCGCGGUCACGAGACGCGUCACACGCACACGCGCACCGGCGCGACAUCCUUCGAUCCUUCCUUCCUUCCGGGUUGCCGUCGGACUUCCGGACAGCUGCUCCCUCGCGAUUCCGCCGAGUAACCGAGCGAUGUCACCUGCGCUGCGAAAUUACGAUCGCGGGCCCUCCCGCUGAAGAUUCAAACUCGCGGCGUCUCGCAACUGUCAGCCCCGGUGAUGACGGAUAUCAACGUCCGUCGUUUGCUUCCCUCCAAUUUCCCCCCGCUUGAAUCGAUGAAGCGAGAGGACGUUUGUAUUUAGCGCUACCUCCGACUAUCGGGACGGCAGGCGCCGUCCAAUUCGCUUCACCCGUGUGUCUACCUGCUUCGCAUACAGGGUGUACCAACGUGAAUGAGCUGGACGCCAUGUACCGAACGCGUUAUCGUUUCUUCCUUGCGCAGCAUUGCAUUAGCGCACUAAUUACCCGGAGCGUUGCGAGGAUGACCGCAGCUGUAAUUUAUACACGAAACACUCUCCCCUUUCUCUCUUCCACUACUCAAACUAGAUGAAAGCGAUCCGUGCCACCGUGGUGGUGGUUUACGAUAGUAGGAACGAAAUCUAGCGCGCGGAGAGACGCUUGAUAAAAGAACAAGUCGAUCGUUCGGUGAGCAUUAACUAGACCCACUGUACACGCACACCUUCGCAGGCAUCACGCGGCGUUCGCUCGCGCGCGUUCUUCCUCUCUCUUUCCUUCUCCCCUUCCUUUCUCUCUUUCUACGCCUUUUCAACUUCCCUCGCUUCUCCCGGUAACCACCGGUUCGCGUGUGCGUGCACAUGUACGGCUGCGUUCACGUGUGCGUACGCUCACGCGUGCUACUACGCGUAACAUACGCACAUUACGCGUCCCCGUGUUCGGCGACACACGUACACGCGAGCUGAAGCGACAGGCGUUACGAGGCGACGACUUGCUAAUUAGCAACGCCUUACUAUCACCGCGAGAUAAGCUGCGGAUAAGGCGUAUAUAAGACAGGUGCGAGGAGGAGGGGGGACACGACCCUGACUGCAGACUUCCCGAGGGAUUUUCGAGGUCAAGGGAACCCGGAGGCGCCGCUCUCGGUGAGGCGAAGCGAGAUGGAGGGAGAAUGAAGGAAAAGGCGCAGCCGCGAAUUAAAAUGAGCAAAUCAACCCGGAAGAGACGUUCUUAACAUUAACCGGGAAACGCCGUAUCUGGGCUGAGACUUUGCCGGAAGUCGGCGGAACGCCGCGGAGAUGACGAAGAAGUUCGAGUUCAACUGGCAGAUCGAGGUGCCGGAAGUGCUCCGCAGCGGUUGCGUGUUCGAUCGCUGGACCGAGGAAAAGGACAACACGGAAAUCGAGUUGAAUUGUCUGUUCAAGGUCGACGAAUAUGGCUUCUUUAUCUAUUGGCAGAGCGAGGGGAAGGACGGCGAUGUUGUGGAGUUGUGUCAAGUGAGCGACAUUAGGGCCGGAGGGAUCCCCAAGGACCCGAAGUUAUACGACAAGCUGUUCAGCAAGCACGGCGAACAGUUAGACGAAAAAAGUCUCACCAUCUGUUCCGGUGUCGAUUACACUAACAUCAAUUAUCAGCACGUCGUGUGUCCGGAUUCUGCCACAGCCAAGGUAUGGUUAGAUGGCGUUCGAUCGAUUACGCACAACGUCAAAGCGAACAACGUUUGCCCGCUCACGUGUCUGAAGAAACACUGGAUGCGACUGAGAAUGUUAGUGGACCCCAAUGGAAAAGUUCCGGUGAAAGUGGUCGCGAGAACUUUCGCAUCCGGUAAAACAGAAAAGCUAGUUUACCAAUGUCUCUCUGAUUUAGGCCUACCUAGCGGAAAGAACGACGUGAUAGAACCCGACGACUUCACUUUCGACGCUUUCUACGCGCUAUAUCACAAAAUAUGUCCAAGGAACGACAUAGAAGAAUUGUUUCAAUCUAUAACACAGGGUAAAGCUGACACGAUUAAUCUGGAGCAACUGAUUACUUUUCUCAACGAGAAGCAGAGAGAUCCGACCCUGAACGAAAUUCUCUAUCCCCUCUAUGAUGAGAAACGGGCGAUGGAGAUCAUCAAUGAUUACGAACAGAACGAGGUUGCUCGCAAUGAAAGAACAAUGACGAAAGACGGCUUCAUAAGGUACCUGAUGUCCGACGAGAACGCACCGGUUUUUCUCGACAGACUGGACGUUUAUAUGGAUAUGGACCAAUCCUUGGCGCACUACUAUAUCAAUUCGAGUCACAACACGUACCUGAGCGGACGACAAUUUGGCGGGAAGAGCAGCGUCGAAAUGUACAGACAGGUUCUACUCGCCGGAUGCAGAUGCGUCGAAUUGGACUGCUGGGACGGCAAAGGGGAAGACGAGGAGCCGAUAAUCACUCACGGCAAAGCUAUGUGCACCGAUAUUCUAUUCAAAGACGUCAUAUACGCGGUAAGAGACACGGCCUUCGUCACGUCGGAAUACCCGGUGAUUCUUAGCUUCGAAAAUCACUGCAGUAAAAAACAGCAAUACAAAUUGGCCAAGUACUGUGACGAGAUACUGGGCGACUUACUGUUGAAGGAACCACUGAAGGAAUAUCCGCUGGAGCUAGGAGUGCCGCUGCCGCCGCCCAGCAUGCUGAAACGCAAGAUUCUCAUUAAGAACAAGCGCCUAAAGCCCGAGGUCGAGAAGCAGGAAUUGGAGCUCUUUAAGCAAGGUCAAUUCGUGAUCGAGGACGAGGUCAAGGAAGACUCGAGCGCGCCGCCGUCCGUCGCCGCCGUCGUAGAACAGCAACCGGAAGACAAUUCCGGUGUCGAUUCGGUAACGUCUGCGGUGGCCGGCAUUCAGCAGCAACAGUCUGGCAGCGGCCCAGGUCUCGGCGAAAGUAUAGAGCUAGCGGCGGCUUUGCCUUACACUGGAAGCACAACCAACGUACAUCCGUGGCUGUCCUCCAUGGUCAACUACGCACAACCUGUCAAAUUCGCCGGCUUCGACGUUGCCGAACAGAAGAAUCUUCACCACAAUAUGUCUUCCUUCGCGGAAACGGCUGGUCUGAACUACUUAAAAACGUCGGCCAUCGAGUUCGUAAAUUACAACAAACGGCAGAUGAGCCGAAUUUAUCCGAAAGGUACCCGAGCUGACUCUUCCAAUUACAUGCCGCAGGUCUUCUGGAACGCUGGCUGCCAAAUGGUGUCGCUGAACUUCCAGACCGCGGAUUUACCCAUGCAACUGAAUCAAGGCAAGUUCGAGUACAACGGCUCUUCGGGCUAUUUGUUAAAGCCGGAUUUCAUGAGACGCGCCGACAGGAGCUUCGAUCCUUUCGCUGAGAGCCCCGUGGACGGAGUAAUCGCCACACAAUGCAGUGUUCAAGUUAUAGCAGGCCAGUUCUUAUCUGACAAGAAAGUUGGAACUUAUGUGGAAGUCGAAAUGUACGGUUUACCAACCGAUACGAUACGUAAGGAAUUUCGCACCAGAGUGGUUCCUGCCAACGGAUUGAACCCCGUCUAUAAUGAAGAGCCUUUCCUCUUCAGGAAAGUCGUCCUGCCAGAUUUGGCUGCUUUGAGAUUCGCAGUAUACGAUGAGUCAAACGGCAAACUGCUGGGGCAAAGAAUCGUUCCUUUGGACGGUUUGCAAGCCGGAUAUCGACACAUCGCGUUGCGAACCGAAGCUAAUUUUCCCAUGUCUCUGCCUAUGCUGUUUUGUAACAUCGACAUUAAAAUUUACGUGCCGGACGGUUUCCAAGAAUUUAUGGACGCCUUGACAGCGCCGCGAGCAUUUAGGAAGACCGAAAGUAUGUCGCAGAAUAAAAUGCGCGGCUUGGGAAUCGAAGAGAGCGAUAGCAAGAAUAAUAUGGACGCUGUAGCGCCUCAUCAUCACGAAGCGGCUAAACCGAGAGAGGAGAUGAAGUUCGAUCCGAUUACCUUGGAUACUCUGAGACACGAGAAGGGUUAUCAAAAAGUAUUACGAAAACAACAAAAAGAAUUGGAGUCGUUGAGAAAGAGGCACCACAAGGAGAAGCUCACGGUCCAAAAGCAACAUUGCGUUGCUAUAGAGAAAAUUAUUAAAGGAAAGAACAAAGCGGAGAUUUCAAGGGACUCUAUCGUUCGUCGCGCCGUUACCGAACAGACCGCUCAAUGGUCUCGUUUGGCUGACAGACAACGGCGAGAAGAACGCGAUCUGGUACGUGGACACCUGGAGGAGCGACGGGCGCAAGUGUGCAAAUUGUGUGGAACUGCGCAGUUGGCACAGCAGAAGCAAUUGACCGCGCGGCACGAGCGCGAGAUCAAGGACAUGAACGCACGGCAAGCGAGAUUGUCGGUGGAGAGCAUGAGGGAGGUGAUGAACGAUAAGACUCUGAAAUCGCGAGGGAUCAAGGAGGGCAGGCUUCGAGAAAAGCAACAGAACAACACGAAGAAGUUCAUGGAGGAGCGUAAAGUCGCUCAGAUGAUUCAAAAUAGGGAGAAAGAGAAACUCAAGGUGAUCCAUGAGAAGCAGUUGGAAGAGCUGCAGAAAGAUAUGAACGCGAUUAUGGAUAUGUACAAGGACGAGGAGAUGGAACUGGAACCUAAGACUGAAUUCUACGUGUAACGAGUGUCAGCCGAGUUUCUCCGCGAUUCUCCUCCGUAGCAAGUAAUGUGCUACGACAAUGAGGACUGUUUUCAGACGAUUUACUAUUAUCGUUAAUUAUACUUGGAAUUGGGAUCAAGCUUCGUUAGCUAUCGUUCUCGUAUCUGCCGACGCAUGUCGCGCGUUGUGAGAAGCAGAGACAAACAGAAGCAACCACACUAAUGUUUCUAAUUCAUUCAGCCGAGUAUUUUUUUAUAUAAACAGACAUCUCGUGUCUCCAUACUGUCCGAGUACCUAGACUAUUAAGGGAGUCAAUAAAAUUUAAAAAAGUGAUCUCUAGUCAAGUAUUAGGUAUAUAUUCGUAUAUAAAAUAUAUAUGUAUAUAUAACGAUCGCGGGAUUGAUUAAGCGGUGAGAGACAUUCACCGCCCGAUAAACGUCGAAGUAAAUAUUUUUCGAUUGUUAACACUAUUGUCGAAGUCUAUCGAAGAGGAGAAUGUGUAUAUGCGUGCGUGUGUGAAACUGUCGUCUGUGUUUGUGAGUCGAUGCCUAAUUCCGAGAGGAAACUUUUCGCUGUUACCGUGACGAUUCCUAGACCAUACAUACCUUGAGUUGAGAGACGCUCUCACGGUCGGACUUAACCGAUAAUUCUCGUGACUGCUGAUAAUGAUUAGAAUAUUAGAGAAUUAGAAUCUCGAGAUCGUACAAUUUUCAACCAUGAUCGUAAGGAGCGCCCUUUGGCGGGGCGAAGCUCUCGCACGAAUGGUCACAUAGGGUUGUAAAUAAAGAUUAAACGAGAGCCUAGCACAAUGAUUACCA